CCACCCUUUUAUCUCCACCAUUUCCUGGGAAACUCCCAGUUUUACAAUUCUUCCAUGCAUGGAGUGUAUAUGGAUGAGAAUGGGGAACUGGCAGCCAACUUGGACCUUGUGAACUGGGUGGUGUUUCCCAAUAAUUCUGUCCUCAGGGUGAAGUUUGGAAGUAUCAACAGACAAGGAUCCCGAGGCCUACAGCUCACCAUCAACCAGGAGGCCAUUGUGUGGCCCAAAUGGCUCAACCAGACCCUGCCUCCUUCCAGGUGUGUGGAAAGUUGCCAGCCUGGAUUUGUCAAGGUGGUUCAAGAAGGAAAUCCACUUUGCUGCUAUGACUGUGUUCCCUGUGCGGAAGGGACCAUCUCCACUCAGGAAGAUGCAGAGCAUUGUACAAGGUGUCCAGAUGAUCAGCAUCCAAACAAGGCCCAAGAACAAUGUGUCCUCAAGAUUAUAACCUUCUUGGCCUACGAAGAACAUUUGGGGAUCCUCCUAGCUUCCUUGGCCCUAUUUUUGUCUGUAACAACAUAUUUUGUGUUAGGAAUUUUCAUUAAAUUCCUAGAAACUCCAAUAGUCAAAGCCAAUAACCGGGAUCUCUCCUAUAUCCUCCUCAUCUCCCUCCUGCUUUCCUUUUUAUCCUCCUUCCUCUUCAUUGGCCAGCCAAACAAAGUGACUUGUCUUCUCCAACAAAACGCCUUCAUCAUCAUCUUCUCAGUUGCUGUCUCUUCUGUGUUGGCAAAGACCAUCACUGUGGUGCUGGCCUUCCUGGCCACAAAGCCAGGAAACAAGGUGAGAAGAUGGCUGGGGAAGAGUCUGGCCAACUCCAUUGUCAUUUCUUGCUCCAGUGUCCAAGUCAUCAUCUGCACUAUCUGGCUAGGGAUGUCUCCCCCAUUCCCAGAAUCUGACAUGCAUUCUCAGCCUGGAGAGAUCAUUCUGAAAUGCAAUGAAGGGUCUGUUACCAUGUUUUAUGUGGCCCUUGGAUACAUGGGCUUCCUUGCUGCCAUCUGCUUCAUGGUGGCUUUCCUAGCCAGGAAGCUGCCUGGGGCCUUCAAUGAAGCCAAGCUGAUCACCUUCAGCAUGCUGGUCUUCUGCAGUGUUUGGGUCUCCUUUGUGCCCACCUACCUGAGCACGAAGGGGAAAUACAUGGUAGCCGUGCAGGUCUUCUCCAUUUUGGCCUCCAGUGCUGGGCUUCUGGGCUGCAUCUUUAUUCCCAAGUGCUACAUUAUUGUCCUGCGGCCUGACCUGAACACAAAGGAGCAUCUAACAACUAAAACAAAAGUAGAAAUCUGA